AUGAUGUUCAAAGUAGAAAAAAAGACUAUCGAUGCCAGUUUUCCUAGAACUCCAGGUUCAACGAUUUACAUUGAGGAUAGACUUCAAUUGGUGUAUUCGAAAUUCAACUUCGAUUCCAAACCUGAAAACAAGAUCCGGAUCAAUUUAAUUUUUUCACAUGGAACAGGAAUGAACAAGGAUUUAUGGACUUACUAUGUAAGAAGAAUUUUCACGAAUGAUUCUGACUAUUAUAUAGGUUCGUGUAUUGCAUUUGAUUGUGUGAGUCAUGGUGACUCUGCCGUUGUCAAUCAAGGAAAAUUGGGCUGGAUUUAUGCUGCAAUUGAUGGUGGAAGAGACGUGAUAAAAAUCUUAGAAAACGAACAGAAGAUUGGUGACUUCUUGAAUAAUGAAACAAACAGAACUAUACUUAUAGGCCAUAGUUUAGGAGCACAGCAACUGGUAUUUGCUUCCUACCUUAAUGAAAAUCUUUUCGAUACCAUUGUCUUGAUAGAUCCAAUAAUCUAUUCUGAUGAACAAUUCCAAAAACGUUUCACAUCCAAUUUUUUCAAACUUGGAAACCUUGUCGAGGAUAAAUUCGUUAGUGAAAAAGAUGCUACGGAUUUUUUCAUCCAGAGGUCUUUCAUUAGAAAUUUUAAUAGGGAAAUACUCCAAGAUAUUAUGAAAAAUGAAGUGUAUUCAAAUGAUAAGGAUAAAACCUUUAGAUGUAAGUCUAGCAAGAUAAGUCAGAUGGCAGUGUAUGGCUACACGAGACUAACCAUCAAGGAUACUCACGCAUUAUUACCCAUGUUGAAGAAUAAGGUCUUUUAUAUUCUGGGAGCUAGAUCUCCUUACUGUACCGAUAAAGUUAAUCAGUUCAUCCGUGACAAUGUCAAACAGUUAGUAGGAUUUACUUCUAUUCCCAAUGUAGGACACUUACUUAAUGGAGAGCAGCCAGACAAGGUUUUGACUAUUUUGCAAGAAUUAAUCAGAGAAGUCGGUAAAAAUGCCAUCAUGAACAAGAACUUUUACCCGAAUCGCUCCGAACCAAGAAGCAAAAUCCUUUCCACGAAACUAGAGAUAUUCAAUCAGGGCAAGACAGAACAGUCCAACAAUUUCACAAAAGCUCGUCUUUAA